CAGGAGUACAGGUGAGGAGCAACAGUCAGAAAGCUACCUGCAACUACUUAACAAUGCGGAAGUGAGUAUCUGUGAGGUGUUGUUCUGAUGUAUGGCCCAGAUGGACGACGGUCUCUCCGGAACAGUGGACACCGACAGUAAUGUGCGCCAUUGGAUAUGACUGGACUCUCUCUCCGCAGUAGUAACGAGUAAUCCGCCCUCAUCAUGUUCUGCAGAAAAGCCAAGGAGGACAUCGAGCUGUCUGACAGGGAUUUCCCUCAAAGAUCUCCCCUUCUGCCCGUGUUGGCCCCCCAGAAGAGCUAUGACUACGUGCUGGUGGGCCAUAAGGACGAGGAGGCAGAGGGGGGCCAGGAGACCCAGAGGACCAUGAAGCAGAAGGCCUUCAUCGAGAUGCUGAGGAAGAAGAACAUCAAAGUGCUGGAAAUCCCCCAUGAUGACAAGUUGUUCUACGGUCUGCGGGCCCCCAACGAAGUGUUUGAGGACUACAAGUACCUGCUCAAGGUCUCUGACGCCUGCAACUGGAUCGAAGAACCCAAGGCGGUGGUCCCGCAGUCCACCCGGAUCCGGAUUGUUCACCACAUCCUGCAUCACACAUAUCUCGAUAAUGGAGAGGACCUUCAUGAGCUGCUGAAGAAGCAUGUGUUUGAGACGUUCUUCUGUCUCCACGAGAAAAGGGCCCAGAAGGAACUGAGGACCAACUGGGCCCGGUGGUCCAGCCUGUUCAUCCGCCAGCCGUUCAACGAAGUCAAGGCGUACUUCGGGGAGAAGGUGGCGCUGUACUACCUGUGGCUGGACUGGUACACCAAGCUGCUGGUCCCGGCCGCCGUGCUGGGGAUGCUGGUGUUCCUGUACGGCCUGGCCUUCUUCAACAGCAACCCGCUCAUUAAGGAGGUGUGUGAGUCUGACAUCAUUAUGUGCCCGCGCUGUGACAAGAGGUGCCCGGUUUGGAACCUGUCGGACACGUGUGCGUACGCCAAGGUCAGCCAUCUUUUUGACAAUGAGGCCACGGUGGCCUUCGCCAUGUCCAUGGCCAUAUGGGCCACCCUGUUCCUGGAGCUGUGGAAGAGGCAGCGGGCAAAACACGUGUCCAAGUGGAAGGUCUACGACUGGUGUGAGGAGGAGGAGGAGCUGAUCCUGGACAUCGUCAACGACCAGGACUGUAAACCCAAACACUUCAGGCACUCCUACCUCAGCAGCAUGCUGGUGUUGAUCCUCGUGACCCUGAUGCUGGUGGUGAUCAUCGGGAUCGCCCAUGCCAUCGUGGUCUUCCGCGUGGUGGCGGCCCCGCUGCUGUCGGAGGGCAGCUGGGAGUUCAUCCGGGACCACGCCAACACGGUGGCCGUGCUGCUGGGGGCCGUACUGCACUACCUCACCAUCCAGAUCAUGACCCGGGUCAACCGAUGGGUGGCCCUCAAGCUGUGUGACCUAGAGAGAACGCGCUCGUCUACGGCCACGGAGAGGAGCUUCACCGUGAAGAUGUUCACCUUCCAGUUCUUCACGCUGUUCUCCUCCCUGUUCUACGUGGCCUUCUUCAUGGGCAGGAUCAACGGGUACCCGGGGAGCUACGUCCGUGUGGCCGGGCGCUGGAGGCUGGAGGAGUGUCACCCCAGUGGGUGUCUGACGGACCUCUUCAUCCAGAUGGCUGUCGUCAUGGUGCUCAAGCAGACGCUCAACAACGUCUUUGAAUUCAUUGUGCCCUGGUGUAAGCAGUUCUUCCUGAGGAGGAAGGCAAAGAGGAUGGAGAGGAAGUGCGGGCACUGCUACAGGAAGACGUGUCGCGACGAGAGCGGCUGCGUGGAGCCGUGUGACGUCUGCAAGCUACGGAACUGGCUGCUCAACUACCACCUGGCUGACACAAACGCCUUCAGCCUCUUCAACGAGUUCCUGGAGAUGGUGGUCCAGUUUAGCUUCACCACCAUCUUUGUGGCGGCCUUCCCCCUCGCUCCCCUCCUCGCUCUCCUCAACAACAUCUUUGAGAUCCGUCUGGACGCCAUCAAGAUGAUCAGCCUUGAGCGCCGGCUGGUCCCCAAGAAAACCAACGACAUCGGUAUCUGGACCAACGUGCUGGAGGCCAUUGGGGUGCUGGCGGUGAUCGCCAACGGCCUGGUCAUCGGGAUCUCCUCCGACUUCAUCCCCCGCCUGCUGUACCGCUACUACUACGGGCCCUGUGCUGUCAGCGGGGUCUACACAAACUGCAUGAAGGGCUACAUCAGGAACACGCUGUCCACGGCCAACCUCAACGAGACGCUGGUCCGGAAGGACUUCAUCACCGCCCAGCUGAUGACCGACGGCCUCAACGUCACGCAGUGCAGCUAUAGGGACUACAGGCACCAUGAAGACUACACUCUGACCUCCCAGUUCUGGCUCAUACUGGCUGUGCGCUUUGCCUUCAUCAUCCUCUUCGAGCACGUGCUGGUGGUGUGUAAGUUCAUCGCCGCCUGGUUCGUACCCAACAACCCGCUGCAGGUGAAGAACCAGCGACUGGAGGACAAGCAGAAGAGGCUGAAGGAGGAGCUCCGCCAGAGGAGAAUCAGAACCGCAGCAGGUGUAAAUAUCCCAUGUUCACAGACGUCCUCACAGUGGUGUCCCGUUGCUGAGCCAGAGGAACUGAUUUGGUGAAGCUGGUUGUCAGGUAUUCAUUUCUUUCCGCUCCUAACCUGACGUCUUGGAUGUGGAUGUUGAUGCUCUGAGCCUGCAGCCUAGGGACCGUUUCUUUUAAAGACUUAAAGCCAAAGCUCCACGACGUCUUCACACGCUCCUCAGACCUGUCGCCUGGUGGCCAAUGGUUCACACACUCCGUCAGGCUCCAUCUACGGCCAACCUCUGAACGUGGAUCCUAACCGCUCUACCCAUGGCACUCGAUGACGAGCUGUCUGGAAGGUAGAGCAAAUGCUGUUCUGAACAUCUCUGGUUCUGUGUUGCUGGAGACCUCUUGACGGGAUCUUUAACACACUCUUCUACGGGACCAGAGAGCGACAGCAUACACAUUUAUCCCCUUGUUUAUUUUUAAAAAGUGUAAAUUAGGUGAGCCACGUUUAUCUUUACUAAGUACUUAAAUCCAAACCAAUAGACUGGGCAUUCUCUCCUCGUAUCUCUUCUGUUUCUUACUUUCAUAGUAUUUAUACGAUUUGAACCGGCUGUGUUGUCCUUGAUGGCGUUUUUUGUUCUGUUUGUUUUUUCUAAAGCACUGCCAGCGUUUGACAUGUUUUACUGCUCCAGUUUAGAUUAAACUCCUGCCAGCACAUGCCUGCAUGGGUCUGUAAUGUUUUUAAUGAGGAAUAAUUCAAUGUAUGGAUAUGCAUAUACAACCUGACUCAUAUUUUAGACACUGAAGGUAUGUUAUGGACUUCAUUUGUAUGAAUGCAUCACAUAAUGUCCUGUAAAAGCAUACGAUGAGGAGAUGCUAGGAUGUCUGGGUGUAUUACAGCUGAAUCCGGGCUGAUCCGUUUGGCCACACGGGGGAGCUACAGGCUACUCAUCUGUCACUUCUGAAAUUCGGCUACUCCUCCCAACCACCGUGUUUAUGCUGCCUUCGUGUGGUGGCUAAUAGAUCUGCACCUGCCAAGCUCAUAACGUUGACCGUUUCAUUAUAAACCAAUGUAAUGGUUAUAUCUGGCCACAACCCAUUUUUAAUUGGUGUCUGUUAGAUGAGUAUGAAAUACCUCACUUUCUACUUAAGAUGCACAAAACAGGACGUUACAAAACUCGGAAACUCCUCAAGACGACCCUUAAGGAGAGAGGUCAUGCUGACGGAGGUCUGUCAGCAAGUGUCUGCAACAUCGACCCUUUAAACAACUGGUGCAAGUCUGAAUAAAUCACACCAGUGUUGUGUUGAGCGUAACACCGGGAGCUGUGGUCCACAGCAGGAAAAGGGGAGUGUAUUCAUCCUACUGUACACCAGCAGAGCCACUUCCCUCCACGUAGCGGUUCUCCAUUGUUGUGGCUGUUUGGCCGGGCACUGAUCCCGGCACAGAUUACGCUCCUGUGUUCGGGUCCUGGCCCCAAAUUCCAUCUCUUCCCCCCCCCCCCCCCCCCCCCCUCCUGCUUCCCGUUGACCAGAGACUCACAGCUGUGGCCUCCGCUCGGUCUUCCCCUACACUCCCCUCUCUCCACUCCCCCUCCCUUCUCUUUGUCUCCACUCUGAGCACCCCUCCCAACCCUUUCUUUCCCUCCCCUCUCUCUCCCUCCCUCCCCUCUCUCCCCCUCCCCUCUCUGUCUCCCCUUGCACUCUGACUCUCCUCUUCCAGAGAAGUCCUUCUUUAGCCUGAUGGCCAUCUCUCAUUAACCCGUCUCAACCCCUCAGUCUCCAGAUGCUAUCAGCUGAGGUUACAUUCCCUUGGCCCUUUUCUGUUUUUCCACACACUCCCCAAAGUCGUCUUUUUCCCUCAGCCAGCGGCAUCCCAGUCUGUUCACAGGCCUUAUUUUUACAGUGAAGUGUUACAGUGAACUGUUACAGUGAGCUGUUACGUGUUGGAUCAGUGCAGUACUGUACCGUUUCAUUCCCCCAGUGGUACUGUAUCAUGUUGGUUAAAGUUCCCCAUAAAUUAUGUAAAUACUGCCUUCCCACGUGUUUGAUUACAGUGUAAACUAUUCACAACAAUGAAUGUAAAACAUUAUGCAAAGAAACACGACACGACACAACAGUACGAAUUGGAUGGAUGGAUUUCCUUACACACAAAAAAAAGUGUAUGCAUGAAUGUAUGCAUCUUUCUAUAUAUAAAGAUAUCUAUAUAACUACACAAACUAUAGAUCAUUAAUGAAAAUCAAUCAUCCCCAAGGUUAUUGCUUUUAAUGUCACACAUUUCGUGAAACAUGUACAUCUCUACCAGCGUUAGCUUGUUUGAAUAGAAAAAAUAUACCAACAGCAGAGAUAAAGCCAAUUUAUAAUUAUUACAAAACCAUUGCAUCAAUAAAGCGAUCAGUUCAUCAAACCACAGGGACAGCCAUGGCCGGUUAUGACUGUGACUGUGUGCCUGUUGACGUCCAGAAGAUGUCUCACCCUCGCUGGGUCAGUGAUGUUAUUAUGAUCUAUUGAUCUCCUGCUCCUCCCCCUCUAUGAAUGCAUAGAUCAGGUAGUACCUCAAUGUAAGGGAACACACAUUUGAAGCCUAAAAAGAU